AGUGCGAAGAAGACAGAGAGAUGGUCAACUUUUUCUCCAUUUACAAGCCCUUGUUACAUGGUGUACUGAAGCUAGUUGGGAUGACAACCCAAGCCGUCGAGAUCGAACCAGGGACGGUCUUGAACUUCUGGGUUCCAACUGAAACGACUAAGAAGACGAAGAACAAAACAAACAAGCCUGCCGUGGUGUUUCUUCAUGGAUUUGACAUGGAAGGCAUUCUAAACUGGCAAUUCCAGGUGUUCGCCUUGGCCAAAAACUAUGCAGUCUACGUUCCGGAUUUUCUCUUCUUCGGCGGUUCAGUUACUGACCGACCUGAGCGGACGGUGGAGUUUCAGAGUGAGUGUAUGGCUGAAGGGCUGAGGAAGCUCGGAGUGGAGAAGUGCACUCUUGUUGGAGUCAGCUACGGUGGGAUGGUUGGGUUCAAAAUGGCUGAAAUGUAUCCGGACUUGGUUGAGUCGAUGGUGAUGAGUUGCUCAGUCAUGGCGCUGACUGAGUCUGUAAGCAAUGCCGCGCUUCAGAGAAUCGGGUUCUCUUCUUGGGCAGAGUUUUUGCUUCCAAAUACAGUCGAGGGUUUAAGGACCCUCUUUGACAUCGGAAGCUACAACUUGCCGAGAGUGCCUAAAUUCAUUAGCGAAGACAUUUUGGAGGUCAUGUUUGAUCACAGGAAGGAGCAAACUGAACUUCUAGAGGCGUUGGUGAUAAGUGAUAAGAAAUUCUCCAUUCCUCAUUACCCACAGAAGAUAUAUCUCUUGUGGGGUGAAAGUGAUCUGAUUUUCGAUAUGGAAACAGCCCGGAACUUGAAAGAGCAGGUGGGAGAGAAAGCAACCUUACUGGCAAUAGAGAAGGCUGGUCACCUGGUUAACCUGGAGCGACCCUUCGUCUACAACAAGCACCUCAAGAGAAUUCUCGGUGCUUUGACAGAAGAACAAAAAUGUCACUCCAAUUAGAGGGUUUUCCAAGAAUAUCAUUCUGCGUAUGAAUUUAUAAGAGUUUGCUUAACUUUAGUUGUUUUUUUGAGAUUCGAGAAUGUAUUUAUAUUUGUUUUUUCUCAUCCUAAAUGGGAGUUGCAUUUUAUUAUUAA